AUGACCAGUCGAAUUCAACCAAAAUCCGGUGGCUAUUUGUUGAGCAAAUCAGAUUUCACGAAAGUUUUUGAGGAUGUGCCCAAAAUUGCCAUCACAUCCUCCGUGGAUCUUCGAAACAAGUUUGACAAUGUCAAGACGAUUCUAUCCAACACUUCAGAAGACUGGAAUAAACGUCAGACUCAAUUAAAAACGAUUCGAAGUUUAAUAAUAAAUGGAGAGAAACUUGUGGAUCGACCCACAAUGAUUGCUCAUAUUCUCCAACUUUUGGGAUGUUUCGAAUUGGCAGUCAAAGAUCUCAGAUCUCAAAUUCUACGAGAAGCAGCCAUCACAUGUAGUUUCAUUGUUAGUAAAUAUGGAAUCGAGACUCACUCGAUUGGAGAGGAUAUUCUGAUUCCAGCAAUGGGUCAAGUGGCAGUUAGCACUAAAAUUAUGGCCACUUCAGCGAGUACGCUGACCGAAUUUAUUGUUGAAUAUAUUCAAACUAGACAAGUUUUCACCAUCCUCUCCUCGUUCUCCACUUCAAAAGACAAAAAUCAGAGACGCCAACUGGCAGUUCUUCUAGAAAUUAUAAUUGGAAAAUGGAGUGAUCGACUCAAAAAACAAAUUAUUCGACAAAUUUGUGAACUUGUCAAGUCAGCAAUCAACGAUGCGGAUUCGGAGACUAGAGCUGCUGGAAGGAGAGCGUUUGCGAAACUAGAAGAAUUCCAUUCUGAAGAAGCAGAUGCUCUGUUUUUGGAGCUCGAGAAUUCGAAACAAAAAAUGCUGAGAGGAGGGGAUGCAGCAUCUUCAUGGGCUAGUAUCAACAGUGAUAAGGGAUCAAUUCCGAUUCGAUCAAAGUUAUCAGCAGGAGCAAAGGGAUAUUCUAAUAUCAGUGCAAAGUUUCUUGCACAAAGAAGUGCAUCAGCGAUAGAUCCAAAAGCUCUGAAAGUGACGGGACCCAGUCGGUUGGCAAGACCGUUAUCAACAAAAGCGAUGGUUAGGCAGGACACAUCGCCCGCUGGAUCCAAGAUCCCCUACCCGAACCGCCCUGGCUCCCGAACCAGAACUUCGUCAAUCACAUCCAACGACUCUAGGGAUACAUCACCCACCAGACGACACUCCCCUCUCCCACCAGAUACCCAAAAAGCAAGGGUCAAAUAUGGAAACGGAUCGUUUUUCGCAAAACUUGGAAUGUCUGACAACACAGAUGACGACGAAUUUUUGCUCCCGAUUCGAGUCAGAUCUCCACAGAAGCCGAAUCUGGGAGACAGUCCCGCGGAUAAUGUAUCGAGGGUUCUGAAGGAAUGUUGCUCAUCAUCGGUUACCGAAAAAAAGGAUGGAAUCAAGAAGUUGUUGCCGAUUGUUUCAGACACAACUUUGAGUUCAACCGAGAUCAAGAAUAUUGGGAAUUGUCUGAAUCGUUUGUUGUCGGAUGCGUCAAAUACGAAACUAAUUCUUCAGAUGGUCCUUGAAGUCUACGCGGUUUUCAUUCGCACGCACAGCAGUCGUCUCUCCGAAUGGCUCCGUCUAGCAUUGGCUAAACUUUUUGCUCGAAAAGCAACCGAAACUCUUCCGAACACCAAAAAACAGAUAAAUCACACGCUGAAUGUCAUCUUGGAAUGUUUCAAUGCACAUCACCAAUUGGUUACUGUAUGUGAAUUAAUGUGCGAUCCCAUUCAUUUGAUGGUUCCAAAGGCAAGAGUAGCUCUUCUGGAGUACAUGACAAGUCUUCUCGACGAGUACACCGAGCCGGGAGCAUCAAUAAAUCAUAAAGAACUCAAGGCAGCUCUUCGAAAAAUGUUCACCUGGAUCGGUGACCAGAGACAAUCAAUUCUAUUGACGCCGUACAUUGAAAAAGCGAUAUGCUCCAUGUUUUGUGUGAACGUAGCUGAUUUUUCUGCACUGAUCUCCGAAUUUGAUUCGGAUCAGAAGGCGUGGCUACAUCAAACUCUUCAGUUGAAUGGUCUCGAAAAUGGAAUAAGCUCCGGAAGUGGUGGAAGUGGGAACAACCACCCAAAAGCAACUCCUCUACGAGAGACUCCCCACAAAAACGAUUCUGUGGUCUUGCCGGAAUUCGGAAGCGCUCAAAAGAGAACUGCAAUCAAUUUAGGAUCAUUCAAUACUUCCACAAAUGCUGCUUUGAGUAAAUUGGAGGAACAAUCCACAUCAAGGUUGAUGGAGAAGAUGAAUCUCAACUCCACCGUAACCCUGCCACCGGACACCCUCGAAAAGAUUCAAAACGUCCAAGAUCUUCUUCACAAAAUGCGCGUCUCGAAGGAUCCCGACGAACAAGAGAAUGCCAUCAGCCAAGUGUACAUGAAAAUUUGUGAUGGCGGAUUUGGAAUCUGGGAGCAAUGCUACGCAAAGCUCCUUCUGAAUCUUUUCGAGAUUCUCUCAACCAGCCGAUCGGAGAAUAACAAGAAGAUGUGUCUUCGGAUUCUAGGAAAAAUGUGCACCGCGCAAGCUGCAAAACUUUUCGAUUCUACAGAAAUGGCAGUUUGUAAAGUGCUUGAUGCAGCUGUGAAUACGAAUGAUGCCACGACAGCGCUGGCCGUUGAUGAUUGCCUCCGAACCCUGGCGACCCAUCUUCCAUUGGCGAAUAUCAUAAAUAUUGCAAAAGUAAUACUGAUUCAAGAACCAAUUGAUGACGAGAGAGCAUCCCUUGUGCUCAAAAUGGUGACCCGUUUGUUCGAAGAACUUCCAGCGGAUGAGUUGAAAAAUGUCGUUGAUGACAUCACACCAUGUGUCAUAAAGGCGUACCAGUCGACGUCAUCAUCCGUCAGGAAGACCGUCGUUUAUUGCCUUGUCGCUAUGGUGAAUCGAGUUGGCGAGCAAAGAAUGGCACCGCAUUUCACCAAGCUCCCAAAAGCAAUGACCAAUCUUAUUCAAGUCUACGUCAACAGAGCGAUCUCCACUAGCUUGCCGAGACUUUAA